GCAUGAAUCAGGUGAUGAUCCAAUGGGAUGUGGUAGUAGCCCUUUACGUAUUCUUCAACUGGUGUCAUGGAGGACUCACAAAUAUAAACUGCUCUGGCUGCAUCUGGGUCAAACCGGCCACAAUUUUUAAGAUGGGUAUGAAUAUCUCUAUCUAUUGCCAAGCAUCGCUUAGGUACUGCCAACCAAAGGAUUUUCAUUUUUAUGAAAAUGUCUGCGGAAAAAACGACUUCAGAAAAAUAAUUCCUGUCACAAAAAUCAAUAAAACAACAGCUCUGCUUCAGUAUAACAAUUUUCGAGAACCAUGUGCCUCAAUUUUCUGCAAUGUGAACUGUCCUGGAUAUUCACGAGAGACACUGAUUUGUGGAGAAACCAUUUUUUCUGGAUAUCCACCCGAUGUCCCAGACAAGAUAACUUGUGUCAUUUACGAACAUACAGACAAUCUGACUUGCACCUGGAACCCCGGGAAGCCCACCUACUUAGACACCAAGUAUGUGGUUCACGUAAAGAGCUUAGAGACAGAAGAAGAGCAGCAGUAUCACAAGUAUCACAAGUAUCAGAAGUAUCAUACCUCAAGUUAUAUUAACAUCUCCACUGACUCAUUACAAGGUGGCAAGGAGUAUUUGAUUUGGGUCCAAGCUACCAAUGCCCUGGGCAUGGAGGAGUCAGAACAACUGCAAAUUCACCUGGAUGAUAUAGUGAUACCUUCUGCAACCGUCAUUUUUAGAGCAGAGGAUUUAAAUACUACAGUGCCCAAGACAGCAAUUCACUGGACUAGUCAAUCAACAAUUGAAAAGAUUUCUUGUGAAAUGAGAUACAAUUCGACAAGGAACCACACCUGGACAGUUAAAAAAUUUGACGCCAAUUUUUCAUUCGUGCAACAGUCAGAAUUCUUCUUGGAGUCCAACAUGAAGUAUGUGUUUCAAGUGAGAUGUCAACAAAUGGGUAAAAAGUACUGGCAGGCCUGGAGUUCUCCCUUUUCCCAUACAACUCCUGAGAGAGGCUACAAGCAACAGAAUCUUGGACUUUUAUCAGGAAUGAUCCUCUUCGCUAUUGGGUUGUCCAUUCUAUCUCUGAUUGGGAUAUUAAACAGGUCUCUUCGAACAGGAAUUAAAAGAAAACUCUUGUGGUUAACACCAAAGUGGUUUCAUGAAGAUAUUCCUAAUUUGGAAAAUAGUAAUGUUGUGAAGAAAAUUCAGGAAAAAAGCAAAUUUCUGGAUAAUAAUCCCUGCGAACAGAUCCUAUAUGCUGAUCCUGUGGUUACAGAGAUAGAAUUUGUUCUUCCAGAAGAACAUAAUCCUGUGGACUACACAGAGGAAAAUAACAUAAAAUCUCUGGAGACCAGAGACCAUCUACACCAGUCACUUCUCGCCAAUACUACGGUUGUUUAUAUUCCUGACAUCAACACAGGAUACAAACCCCAGAUUUCAAAUUUCCUCACCGGGGGAAAGCAUCUCAGCAAUAAUGAUGAAAUGGCUUCUCCAACUCUGUCGUCACAGGUUGAUCCUCUAGAUUUGGGAGAGAAUAUCCGGUUUCAACAGUAUCCUGAUUUUGCUUUUUCUGACUUGAGAAGGAAUUCCCUAAGAAGCUCACUGUUUUUUGAAGAGUUAAGCCUUAUUUUAAACCCAGGAGAAUGCAGUUCUUUGGAUAGGCAAGACUCAAUAGGUUUGGAGGCCAUCCAGCUUUUAGAAAACGCUUCACCCGAUGAAUCAGUUCUAGAACAGACCCUAUUGCCUGAUGAAUUUGUCUCCUGCUUGGGAGUCAUGAAUGAGAACUUGCCUUCUAUUCAUUCUUAUUUUCCACAACAUAUUUUAGAAAGUCAUUUCAAUAGGAUUUCACACUUGAAGAAGUAG